CAAAAUUCCAAAUCAGAACUAGGGACGACUUUAAAAAGGAAUGGACAACCUUUCCAAUCCUCCUCCUUCCUCCUCCUCUUUUUACUUGCGAUGUAAAUAAAUUCAGACGGAGACCUCGACGAUUGGUCGGUGAUUUCGAUGUUUUGACUGAUCGGUCAAGUUUUUUGAGGAUUUUUUUGCCAAAUGGAAAAUACCAUACAAGGACGUCUCGCUGGCUGGGAAACUCAUGGAUUCCGUACAAUGGCAGAUUUGGAUGUUGUCAACAUCAUGGACGAAGCCAAGGCAAGAUGGUUAAGGCCAAAUGAAAUCCAUGCAAUAUUGUGUAACUAUAAGUAUUUCAGUAUCAGUGUCAAGCCGGUGAACUUGCCAAAAAGCGGUACAAUCAUACUGUUUGACCGUAAAAAGCUCAGAAACUUUCGGAGAGAUGGUCAUAAUUGGAAGAAGAAGAAGGAUGGGAAGACUGUCAAAGAAGCUCAUGAACACUUAAAAGUUGGUAAUGAGGAAAGGAUCCAUGUGUACUAUGCUCAUGGUGAAGAUAACCCGACCUUUGUCCGCAGAUGCUACUGGCUUCUUGAUAAGACGCUGGAACAUAUUGUCCUUGUUCAUUACCGUGAAACUCAAGAGUUGCAGGGUUCUCCCGGCACUCCUGUGAAUUCAAAUUCUAGUUCAGCCCUCUCUGACCCUUCUGCUUCUUGGCUCUUAUCAGAGGAAACUGAUUCUGGGGCUGAUGCAGCGAAUUAUAUUACUGAGAAAGCACAAUUAGAGCCUGGUGAUAAUAUGACCAUUAUAAAUCAUGAAAUGAGACUUCACGAGAUCAAUACACUGGAUUGGGAAGAGCUUUUGGUGCCUGAUGAUCUCAACAAGUUGAGUGCACCUGAGGGAGGAAAAACUCCACGCUUUGAGCGGCUGAAUCAGUAUAAAACAAAUGAAUUCACUAGUAAUGGUAGCAUUCCAUCAGCCAACAAAUUACCUGAGGAGAGUUCUUUGGGGAGUCUUGGUGAGUCAGAUGCCCGAAGUUACUCCAUUGGGUUGAAUACAUUGGAUAGUCCUUUCUUCCAGAACAUGAGUGGCGACACAAAUGUAAAUUUGCCGAGAGAGGUUUCAGGACUGGUGACAGUAGGCACUGGUGACACUUUAGACAUACUGGGCAAGGAUGGCUUGCAAACUCAAGAGAGCUUUGGAAGGUGGAUGAACUACAUCCUGACAGAUUCUCCUGGAUCUGUUGAUGAUCCAAUUCUGGAAUCCUCGAUUCCGACAAGUCAUGAAUUGUCUACCUUACAAAUAAUGGAUCAUCCUCAGUCAUUUGUUCCUGGACAACUUUUCAGUAUUACAGAUGUCUCUCCUGCAUGGGCUUUUUCAACUGAAGAAACGAAGAUACUCAUCACUGGAUUCUUUAAUGACGGGCAUCAACAUCUGUCCAGAUCCGAUUUAUAUUGUGUCUGUGGAGAUGAAUGUUAUCCUGCAGAAAUUAUCCAGCCUGGAGUAUUUCGCUGUUUGGUUUCACCACAUACCCCCGGAUUAGUGAAUCUUUAUUUUAGUUUGGAUGCUUGCAAUCCCAUCAGCCAAGUUAUGACCUUUGAGUAUCGCACUCCUUUGCUGCGCGACUCUAUGGUAUGUUCAGAGAAUACUGGGGUGAAUUGGGAGGAUUUUAGAGUUCAGAUGAGACUUGCUCACUUGCUCUUUUCUACCACUAAGAGCCUUAGCAUUUUUUCAAGUAAAGUACUGCCACAUGCCCUCAAAGAGGCCAAAAUAUUUACCCACAAAACCUCCCACAUUGUGGAUGGUUGGGCAUAUACGAUGGAGUCAGUUGAAAAUAACCAAAUCUCUUUUCAACAAGCCAAGGACAGCUUGUUCGAACUCACUUUGAAGAACAAACUAUAUGAAUGGCUGUUGGAAAGAGUAGUUGAAGGGGGUAAAACUUCUGAUCAUGAUGAUCAAGGUCAAGGAGUAAUCCAUUUGUGUGCUAUCUUAGAUUAUACGUGGGCUGUCUGCCCAUUUGCCUGGUCUGGCUUAUCAUUGGAUUAUCGGGACAAAUUUGGAUGGACUGCUCUUCAUUGGGCUGCAUAUUGUGGAAGGGAGAAAAUGGUUGCUGCUCUUCUUUCUGCUGGAGCAAAGCCAAACUUGGUCACAGACCCGAAUUCAGAAAAUCGCGGUGGAUGCACUGCAGCUGAUCUCGCAUCUAGAAAAGGUCACGAUGGUUUAGCAGCUUAUCUUGCAGAAAAGGCUUUAGUGGAUCACUUUAAGGAUAUGACAAUAGCUGGAAAUGUCAGUGGCUCAUUGCAAAACAAUCCACCUAAUUCGGUGAAAGGUGGGAACGAAACCCAAGAGGAGUUGUGUCUGAAGGACACUCUGGCUGCUUAUCGGACGGCUGCCGACGCUGCAGCUCGUAUACAGGCUGCAUUCAGGGAGCACUCAUUCAAGCUAAGGACAAAAGCAGUCCAGUUUUCCAAUCCCGAGGACGAAGCUCGUAACAUAGUUGCUGCAAUGAAGAUCCAGCAUGCCUUCCGGAACUAUGAGACAAGGAAACAGAUGUCAGCUGCUGUUCGAAUUCAACAUAGGUUCCGUACUUGGAAGAUGCGAAAAGACUUUCUCAAUUUGCGACGUCAUGCUAUCAGAAUUCAAGCUGUUUAUCGAGGCUUCCAAGUCCGGAAACAUUAUCGGAAGAUAUGUUGGUCUGUUGGAGUGCUUGAAAAAGCAUUAUUACGUUGGCGUAUGAAGAGAAGAGGCUUCCGGGGGCUUCAGGUUUGCCCUGUGGAAGCUGUGGAAGAUCAGAAGCACGAAAGUGAUGUGGAGGAGGACUUCUUCAAAGCCAGCAGGCAACAAGCUGAAGAGCGUGUUGAGAGGUCUGUUGUACGGGUCCAAGCCAUGUUUCGUUCAAAGAAAGCGCAACAAGAAUAUCGGAGUAUGAAGUUGGCGUAUGAUCAAGCAAGGCUGCAGUAUGAAGGACUUGUGUCUCCCGAUAUAGAUAUGGGCUAAGUGAGUACUAGGAUUUCUUAGUUUACUAGGCAAUUUACUGUGGCACCCAAGGAAAAGAAAAAGGUUUCAAAGGGCAAGUUUGUGGUGUUCUACAUGUACAUCUUGUAAAUUUCUAGACUAGACUAAUAGAGUUUCUUUUGUCUUUCCAAGAAAAUUUAGUUUCAGUUCCCUUGGUUCUGUUGCCUUCUUGUUAUGAUUCUUGAAAGGUUUCAGUGUUUUAUCUUCCAGAUGUUUACGGUACAUUCUCCUUGGUA